UUCGCCUCUCCCCGCCUCCUGGGGCCCGCAGACCGGAAGCAGCCCGCGCAGGGGGCUUCUGGGAAACUGCUUGUGAGCGGCGUUUCUGCGUCUGCCCUGGACAGCGAAGCUGCUAAGGUUCCUGAGCCGGAGGUUUGCGCCAGACUGAGGAGAGACUGUGAAGAAAAGGAGUUAUUUCCCAGAAGCCUGUAUCCUGCCUUAUCUUUUUUUGAAGUGUUAUAAAUCAGGAUGUCUGCACAGUCAGUGGAAGAAGAUUCAAUACUUAUCAUCCCAACACCGGAUGAAGAUGAAAAAAUUCUGAGAGUGAAGUUGGAGGAGGAUCCUGAUGGCGAAGAGGGAUCAAGUAUCCCCUGGAACCAUCUCCCUGACCCAGAGGUUUUUCGACAGCGAUUCAGGCAGUUUGGAUACCAGGAUUCGCCAGGGCCCCGUGAAGCUGUUAGCCAGCUUCGAGAACUUUGCCGUCUGUGGCUCAGGCCAGAGACCCACACAAAAGAACAAAUCCUGGAGCUGGUGGUGCUGGAGCAAUUUGUUGCCAUCUUGCCCAAGGAGCUGCAGACUUGGGUUCGAGAGCAUCAUCCAGAGAAUGGAGAGGAGGCAGUGACGGUGCUGGAGGACUUAGAGAGUGAACUAGAUGACCCUGGACAGCCGGUUUCCCUCCGUCGACGAAAACGGGAAGUGCUAGUUGAGGAGAUUGUAUCUCAAGAAGAAGCUCAGGGAUUACCAAGUUCUGAGCUCGAUGCUGUGGAAAACCAGCUUAAAUGGGCAUCCUGGGAGCUCCAUUCUCUAAGGCACUGUGAUGAUGAUGCUAGGACUGAAAAUGGAGCGUUGGCUCCAAAGCAGGAGAUCCCUUCAGUAGCGUCUCAUGAAGUUCCUGGCACUCUCAAUAUAGGUGUUCCUCAGAUUUUUAAAUACGGAGAAGCCUGUUUCCCUAAGGGCAGAUUUGAAAGAAAGAGAAAUCCUUCUCGAAAGAAACAACAUAUAUGUGAUGAAUGUGGAAAACACUUCAGUCAGGGCUCAGCCCUUAUUCUUCAUCAAAGAAUCCACAGUGGAGAGAAGCCCUACGGAUGUGUUGAAUGUGGGAAGGCAUUCAGCAGAAGUUCUAUCCUUGUGCAACACCAGAGAGUCCAUACUGGAGAAAAACCUUACAAAUGUCUUGAAUGUGGAAAAGCCUUUAGCCAGAAUUCUGGGCUUAUUAAUCAUCAGAGAAUCCAUACUGGGGAGAAACCUUAUGAAUGCGUUCAGUGUGGGAAAUCCUAUAGUCAAAGCUCAAAUCUUUUUAGACAUCAGCGAAGACACAAUGCAGAAAAACUUCUGAAUGUUGUGAAAGUUUAAGAAAUUAAAAAAAAAAAGUCAGCACUCAGGUCUUUUUUCUUCAGAAAUGAAGACAAAAUUAAAAACAUGGAAUGAUACGUAAUAGUUUUGUUUCCCUAUAGACUUAGAAAAUGCACUGGGAAAUGUAGGAAAUUGUCACCCACCAUUUUUAAUUUUUAUCUUGAAAGAAAUGGUGUCAUACCUGCCUAGAAACGGAAAUUUUAAACUUAAUUCAGGUGUUAAUGCUUAAAUCUUCCAUGUGGUGUUUAUAUUCUUACUAUUUUUUCCCAAAUAAUGAACUACCUGAUUCUUUGCCCUUUUCUUAAAAGUUUUUUUUAGACGGAUUUAUUCCUAUGUUCAUCAUUGAAAUGUUCUUUACAAGGAUACAUUCCCUUCUACAUUAAAAAGCAACAUUGGAAUUAUAAAACCAUCUUUUCAGAAUUGACUCUUUUUUACCAAAUUUGGAUAUGCAUUUCAGAAAAUAGAAGAUAAGGGAUGACUACAAGCUUCAAAGUAAGAUUAGAAGUGAUAAAACAUCAAAAAGUGAAUGGGACACCUAGAUUGGAGAAGAUAAAUGAUAACUUUGAUCCAAGAAUGGAAGUUUAUCAAGCAUCUAUCUAAAUGUAAUUAUCUGCCUGCUGGAAAACUAAAAAAUGGAGCAUCCUGUCUGUAAUUUGGAGGCUUCCCACUAAUGAAAAUAACAUUCUUCUAUAUAUCAUUAGAAAGGGGGCAGCCUAAACAAUAAAGAGUCGUAAACUAUGAAAGAAAUAACAUUAGGGGAGAAUUUGCAGUGCAUGGCAGUGAUGAAGGGCAAAUGUAAAAGGGUAAUGGUCUGUCUUGGCUUUUAGGAAAAAAAAAAAGACUUGAAGAUCCAAUCCAUUAUUUUGCCUUCAUUUUUAUUAAGGAUACAAAAAUCCCUAACAGGCAACAAGUAUUAGGUUUGGUAUUUUAUUCCUUUGGUAAAAAAGGGUUGAACACCAGGCUAACAAAGCAGCCAUGCGUUCAUUUAUUAUUAAACAUUUUCUACCGACAAGGCACUGUGCUAGGUACUGUAACCCUACCAUAAGUAGGUAGGUAUUUCUUCCACUGUAAAUUAUUGGGGAUUUGGUACAAAGCUCUUUCAUGUGAGUUAGCCUCUUGCUCCCUGUGUUAGCAGUCCUGGGGGAGCUCACCUCUGAAAUUCCCAGAGCCAUAGUUCUCUUACCAGAGUGUUACACUGGGGGGAAAGGAAGACUCAGCUCAAAGAGCUAGCCAUCUCUCCAGGAUUCUUCAGAGGUGAGUCCAAAAUACUCUGUAUCACAGUUUGGAGGUUUGUGGGU